GAACAUGUCUCGAAAGUCUGGAAGUUAGACAAAUCGUUAUAUGGUUUGAAACAGGCUCCAAAACAGUGGCAUGAGAAGUUUGACACUCUCGUUCUCUCACAUGGAUUUAAGGUGAAUGAAAGUGACAAGUGUAUUUACUGCAAGUCAAAGAAUAACACUUGCACUAUCAUAUGUUUGUAUGUAGAUGACAUGUUGAUAUUUGGUACAAAUAUUCACAUGGUCAAUGAAGCAAAAGCCAUGUUGAAAGAGAGCUUUGAGGUGGAAAGAUCUGGGAGAAGCAAAGUUUAUGCUUGAAAUCCAGAUAACUAGAACAUCAAAUGGUUAUUCUCUAGAUCAAUCUAGCUACAUAGAGAAGAUCUCGAAGAAAUAUAACUAUUUCAACUGUAAACCUGCGUGUACUCUGUAUGAUGCUAGUGUAAAGAUAUUCAAGAAUACUGGAGACAGUGUAAGACAAACUGAGUAUGCUAGCAUCAUUGGCAGUCUCUACAAUGCUACGGAUUACACUCGACCAGACAUUGCAUAUGUCGUGGGAUUGCUUGGCAGGUUUAAUAGCUGUCCUAGUAGAGAGCAUUGUAAUGCUAUAGAGAGGGUCAUGAGAUACCUCAAGAGAACAGCAAACCUUGGUAUUCACUAUCAAAGGUUUCCUGCUGUACUAGAAGGGUAUAGUGAUGUGGAUUGGAAUACCCUAUCAGAUGACUCCAAGACAACCAGUGAGUAUGUUUUUAACAUCGCUGGUGGAGCUGUAUCUUGGAAGUCUAAGAAACAAACAAUCCUAGCUCAAUCAACUAUGGAAUCAGAGAUGAUAGCACUAGCAACGGCUAGUGAAGAAGCGAGUUGGUUGAGAGGAUUGUUGUCAGAGAUUCCCCUAUGGGAAAGGUCGGUCCCUCCGGUAUUGAUCCAUUGUGAUAGUACUGCAGCUAUCGCUAAAGUUGAGAACCGGUUCUAUAACGGAAAGAAACGACAGAUUCAUCGUAAGCAUAGUACUGUAAGAGAGCUCCUAACGAUAGGAGCAGUGAGGGUGGAUAAUAUAAAAUUCGAACAUAAUCUAGCUGAUCCUUUGACGAAUGGAUUACCUAGAGAGAAAGUCCAGAAUACCACCAAGGGUAUGGGACUUAUGCCUACCGAACCACGGAUUACAAGUGAUGGUGUAACCAAUACUCUAAGGUUCAAAUCUUCGCGAUACCUUUGCUUAUGCCCGAUCUUAUAGAACUGUGUAUGCUCAGAGAUAGUUUCAAAACUAUUCAAGAGGGGGAUUGUUGGAAAUGAAUGAAAAAAGAAUAGUUUUGAAAGCUAUAAGUCUCAAAGGAAAAACUACCACAUCGGUAGUUUUACUCUUAUGAUAUGUGUAUAAGAAUAGGAUCCUCUCUCCUAAGGGCAUGACCCACUUUUGUGGGAGAGGGAGGACCUAACGGACCACCAGGAGCGCGCGCCGCCCGGUCGGUCGAUCGGUUGGUUGGUGGGUCUUGAUUGAGACAAAUAUUUUUUUAUAGAAAUUAAUUAUUAAUUAAUUAAUUAUGACUUGAUUAUCUUGUAUCCUUAACAAAUACGAAGAUAAUCA